GGAUCAAUUUUAUAGGUUGGGGUGGGUUGUUGGUGCUAAGAUUGUAUUAAAACUCUGAGCCUGUCUAUGUUGGGCCUUUUAUUUUAUGUUUAUGUGAAUGUAAAUUAUUUUAUGUUUAUUUUAUGUCUAUGAGCCUGUCCAAGAUUGUAUUAUUUUAUGUUUAUUUUAUGUCUAUGUUUAUGUUUAUAUGAUGGGCUUUAAGCCCAGUUUUCCAAGGAAACAAUUCCAUCUUUCAAAAAAAAAAAAAGUCUAGGGAGGCUACAUAAGAUACGUAAUCAUCAUCAUCAAGAAUGCAAGUUAGCAUUAAAUCUUUUCUCAGAUAGAAAACAAUAAAUCCAUAGGAAAUAAUCGUUGAAGUUGUAGUCUUUACAAGUAGAAAUAGUUCAGUCCACAGGAACAGAGUCCUAGUAGCAAAAGCAACUUCUGCAAAAAAAAAUCUCCUCUCUCACUAUAAUUAUUUCAUGUUACGUUGGCAGCUUAUCUAUCUUUAUCGCUAGAUUGACAUUACAUUUUCAUGUUCGCUUUGUAUAUGUAUCCAAACACUUCAUUUAUCAAUCCAAUCCACCAACUGUGGCCACCCCAACUCGAACUGCUCUCUCCACCACCACCAAAACAAAGCCACCGCCUCCACCACCCACCACCACCUUCUUCACACCUGACCACACAAACAUGUUAGGCCUCCACAAUGUUUUCCUCACAGCUCCACCGCCUUAUUCUUCUUCUUUCCAACAACAACCCAUUUCCUCUUCUCACCAAAUAAAUAGUACCAUCCAUGACCAGUGCAACAUUUCCAACAAUCAAGAUUCUUGGACGACUUUUAAGAGAUAUCAUCAGCAAGAAUCAAGCUUUGCUAAAGGACAUGCGUUUAAUGUUGGUGAGGAUAAUGAAAAUACCACUAAUACCUCUUCUAGAGUCUGCGGAGGUUGUGGAAAUAGAGCCAAAAAGGAGUGUGAGUAUAGAAGAUGCAGAACUUGUUGCAAGAGUAGAGGGUAUGAUUGUGCCACUCACAUUAAGAGCACGUGGGUUCCUGCGGCGAGGCGGCGAGAGAGGCAGGGAACUGAGGGUGGCGGUGCUGGUGGCUCAUCCGGUUCUUCUUCUGGUGGUGCUGGUAAUAAAAGGCCAAGAGAGAAUGUGACCACUAAAUCUAAUAGUUUUAGCACUUCUCAUAACAAUGCUGCUGCUUCUUUCAGUUUUGACAACGGCUCUAAUUACCAGGAUGCAAGCUUCAAGCAGUCCUUACCAAACCAAGUUCGAGCACCGGGAGUUUUCAGGUGCAUUAGAGUAACCGCCAUUAGUGGUGGCGAAGCAGAGGUUGCAUACCAGGCUAUCGUAAAUAUAAGCGGCCAUGUUUUUAAGGGCUUUCUCUAUGAUCAAGGGAUUGAUGAGAAAAAUUUAUUUCCAUGUAUUUCAAAGAUUCCCCCCGUUCGAAGAAAAAGAGAUUCUACUUCUCCAAUUGUUGAUCCUCCAUAUGCCUAUCCAGCCUCUGCCAGCUAUAGAUUCCUGGAAGGUAUAGCCUAUUCUGCCCAAUGAUUUUAAAUUUUCUUCUGGGUUAAUGACUUAAUGCUUGAUCAAAUUGAUAUAAUAAUAAUAAUAAUAAUAAUAAUAAUAAUAAUAAUAACUUGUUUAGAAGCAACACUGAUCAAAAUGAUGUUAGUUAGUGAAUAAGCAACACUGUGGCAUUUGCAACCCUCUCCAGUUCCAUGUUAACUAGAUGGUUGUUACUAAUUAUCAAACAGAGGAUUAGCUUAAUGCUUCUUAGGUAAGCAAGGGUCAUUGUUGCAAUGUCUCUAUCAUUCUUGGCAAAACAGAAGAGCAUUGAUGGUGCAUUCCAUACAGUACUUCAAUGUUUCACAACUCCCUCUUAUUCCAAUCCAUAAGCAUUUCAUCUAUGAUGCCCUUGCUUUUGGUUUUGCUUUUAACUCAAUUCAGAAAAAAACUUUAGGGCCUUGUAAUAACAAGCAUUUACCCACUUGUAUUUUUUGCUUUUUUUCAGGAUUUAUACUUCCAAGAAUAAAUUUUGCUUAUCUACAAGUUUCCCAUUUUGUGUUUUGUUGUGCUUUUGCACGUGAAGGAA